UGGUAUGUCGGCUGCGAGGUGAGGAGCUGUUGGGCGACCGCGAACCCGAUGCCUUGGUUCGCACCGGUGAUGAACACUAUCGUUCGAGACAUCGUAUGAGGGUGGUUUGUUUCGAUUUGAUUCAAUCUGAUUAAUUGGAGUCAGAGCUUACCAGAAGGACAGAUCUAUUUAUAUGCCUUAUUUGACGGAGAUAACCUACCACCGAGUCAAGGGUCUACUUAACCAAUCCCCAAGUACUCUGAUUGUCGUUCAAAUGCGUAGGAUCCUCCUCUUGGCCGUUCUGUACGGAGUUAAUAUCUUAACUCCGGUGCUCUAUACUACGGAGCACAGUACUGACGAUGAAGCGGCGUUAUACUACUACGGAUGGUAUCUAAUCCUCAACUACAUAUUGAUAUCUGAUUGAAUCCCUGCAUUUCUUGUAUACUCCGUAUUGGCAUACUUAUACUGCCGGCG